AUGAAAACUCCACUGCUUCAAAGUCUGAUCUGGAAUGUGUCUUAUCUGCUGAAUGUUUUACUUUUCAUUCAGGAUUAUGGUGCCCUGAAAGAUAUUGUAAUCAAUGCAAAUCCUUCUCUUCCUCCGCUGUCAUUAUUAGUACUACACAGUCUGCUUUGUGAACGCUAUAAAAUAUUAUCAGCUGUUCACACACAUUCAUCGGUGAAAAGCGUGCCAGAAAACCUCUUGAAAUGCUUUGGAGAGCAGACUAAGAAGCAACCACGUCACGAGUAUCAGUUGGGCUUUACUCUUAUUUGGAAGGAUGUUCCAAAACCCCAGAUGAAGUUCAGCAUCCAAACAAUGUGCCCUAUUGAAGGAGAGGGGAACAUUGCUAGAUUUCUCUUUUCCCUGUUUGGCCAGAAGUACAAUGCAGUCACCUCAACUCUGAUUGACAGCUGGGUUGAUACAGCCCUCUUCCAGCUCAGAGACGGCAGCAGUAAGGAAAAAGGAGCAGUCUUGCGCUCUAUGAACGCUGCCUUGGGUAAGACAUCGUGGCUGGUGGGAAGCGAACUCACUGUAGCAGACAUUGUUGCAUGGUGCGUGCUGCAGCAGACGGGCAGCGCAAAUGCUGCCCCAGCCAAUGUGCAAAAAUGGAUGAAGUCAUGUGAGAAUCUGGCACCUUUCGCCUCCGUUAUGAAGUUACUAAAGUAAGCCUGUACUCUUCAAAAUGGUGUAGUUUUAAUCUUACUCAGCGUUGUGCCUGGUGUUGUGGUUUGAAUCCUGAGAUGUAUUCAAGUCCUACAGUCAGAAUUCUAAAAUCAGUAAAAACGUUACAGC